AUGUCUAUAGAGACACAAGAGGAUGAACAAUGGAAACUGUUUCUCGAGGGUUCCAUGUUCGAGGAUCAUUUUAAUGAACUGGAGAAGAUUUGUGAAGAGGUUUAUGGUGGCCAUUCUGAGCUCUUUGAUAAUGAGUUUUUGAGGCCUAUUUGCUCAUUACUUCUAGAACUACGAACUUCAGCUGAGACAUUUUUCUCAAAUUCUGUAAUGAACGAGGAAAAAUGGCUACCAUGUUACGAGAGAUUUGUCACAUCUGUGAUUCAUCUCUCGCAGCUCGACAUCAACCUCCACAAAGGGGAAUUCUAUUUUCACUUGAACCUCACAUCGCCAGGCGAAAUCAUCUUGAAGUAUUACGAUUCCAAAAAGGUGAUGUCGUUGCCGCUGACCAAAAGCGAAUACGAUUGCAUAUGGGCUUCGAACUGGAAUGAACGAAAGUCUAGACAAAUGAAGAACAGGUUUCUUUUUUUGAACUGUAUUGUGAGAGGCCAAGCAGGCAAAGGAUUUGAACGCAGACCGUGGAGGUACAUAAUGGCAUUUGAUACAAGGCACAGACGGCAAAGCAGCAAGGACUUGAAUACGGAGCUGAGCCCGCGGACGAGCAGUGUAAAUGCUUUCACGAUGUUCACAGAUUUAAGCUCGAAGCCAUUGACUAUACUUGAUGUAAACUUCGAAGUCAUUCAUAGCCAUGUAAUCUGCAUGCCAGGUACAAGGGACGCAAGGGGUGCACCUGUGAUAUUUUUGGAUGCUGGAAAGUCGGAAUGGCAGAUUCCAGAUUUCGACAGCGAAGAAAUAGCACGAAUAUGUUUAUAUUUCCUUCAAAUUCCCAGGGAAGAAGUUUCCAAACUAGGUUUGUCUAUUUUUGUCGAUGCACGAAACGCUGACGAUAACAAAAGGACUUUGCAGAUCAUCGGGGAAGCUCUAGUUUUUUUCGAGGAGAUGCAACCAGGUAGCGUUCACAUUGCCUACAUCCUCGAACGAAAAGAUUCACAUCUUUUGAUGUUCAGUGCUGAUAAACUAAAAGAAAAACUUAAAUUUCAAUUCAAAUUGCUGUCGUCUUUUGAUGAUGUGCUAUCUUCCAUUUCAAUGGAUCAAAUUUCCACGACCUUCGGCGGAAGCUUUGAGUACGAUCACGAUGCUUGGCUGCAGUUUCGAUUGAAACAAGAACCCUUCAUGGAAGGUUGUCGAAGUGCAACAAAGCUGGCUUUGACGGCAAUAGAUGAACUUGGAAUAGGAAAAUGUGGUGAAACGGUAGAAAGAACGUCAAGAGUUGCUCCAAGAACACGAUAA